AUGGAGAAGGAUCCAAAGGAACAGAACUUUCCACCUACAGGACAGGGCUGCAGUAUUAAAGAAUUUAUGAGGAUGAACCCUACAGCCUUUAUAGGAGGACCUGAUCUGGUGGCAGCAGAAAAUUGGGUACAAGAAAUAGAGGAGAUUAUGGUUGUACUCGACUGCACAGACGAACAGAAGGUUCGUUAUACUACUUUCAAGAUGACAGGAGAGGCGAAGCACUGGUGGCUUUCUGCAAAGCUGCUAGAGGAUCAGAGGGUGAUUGAGGAGUUUACUAAUCUGACCCAAGGAGAUAUGACGGUUGCGAAGUAUGCGGCUAAAUUUGUGGAAUUGUCGUGUUUCGCUCCUUUUCUUAUCCCAAAUGAAGUAAGGAAGGCCAGAAAAUUUGAGAAAUGCCUAAAAUGCAGAAUCUUUGAGCUGGUGGUCGGGUUUCAGGUUCAGAGUUUUUUAGAAUUAGUCGACAAGGCCUCAGCGUUAGAAAAGAGUAUCCAGGGCAGCACUGAGCCUUCAGAGCAGAAGAAGAGACCUGCACCAUCUAGUUAUCAGUCUGAGGCCAGUCAGGGAUCAGCGAAGAAAGGGAAAAAAGCAAUGGGCUCUGUAUGCCCGAAGAUUGAUAAGAGACAUAGAGGCGAAUGCUAG